AUGAGAGCAGCUGUGGUUGGUGGAGAGGAAAGUUUUCGCUUUGGGCCUGUUGAUGGUCACUCAAUCUUGCCAGCGGUGGUUAUGAGGAUGAAACGCAGCUGCUGUCUUUACAGUUUCAGACGGUGAGGACUUACAGGAUGGACAUGAACUGGCUUGUGUGAGGUCCUGAGGGGGUGGGGGAAAGAGACCAAAACCACAGCUGCAGGGCAACAAGCCAUACAAGAGCCUCGUUUCUUCACUUCCCCGCUUGCAUCUACGCCCGUUUCCUGUCUGAGCGGGGAUAUUAUGCAGCUGAUAAUGACACGUAAAGUAAUAGCUGUACAGAUGAUGAAAACACUUGACCUACGACCCCAGGAGGAUUUACAUCCGACCUCGGUAGUGUGGAGAGAGAAAUCUGCUGCCGAAUCAGUGCCUUCCGUCUCGCUGUGUGGCCUCAGGAAAGCGUGAAAGGAAGUCUGAUUUCUGUAGCCUUGAUUCAGGAUGAGAGAGACGAUCUGCGGUCACAACUCAAAUCUGUCCCAUAUGGAGGAGAUAUGAAGCUCCUGGGACGAGCAGAGAGAGGGGAUGUUUUUGUGCAGGAGCGUCUCCGCAGACACGGUCAGGACUGUGGCAGCCCAGGCAUGCUACAGAUGAUGUGA